GGAGUGCGGCCGCAGCAGCGGCGGCGGCGACACGGAGCGAAAGACAAAAUGGCGGCGGCGCCGGUGGCGGCCCGGCGCUGAGGGGAGAGUCCGGUCCUCGCGGCCCCUCCCUCCCCCUCCCACACGUGCCGCGGUGGCCGGCUGCGCCCCCUUCCGCUCUCGGACCCGGCGCAGCUCCGAUCCUGGGGGAGUCCCGGCACGGGUUCGAGCCUCAGCUCGAGCCAGGCCUCUAGCCCACGGACGUCGCCACCUUGGAGUCCCGCUCUCCUGCAGAGGUGAACCAUUUCAGCAGUAAAGAAUCCAGCAGACCUCAAUGCUUUGUGAAGUACCAUUUUCACCUCUUGCUUGAGAGAAUUCUGAAACUACCGAAUAGCUUUGACAGAUAUUGGUGUGAGUGAAUCCAUUGUGAAGGUUAUACAGAUAGAUGUUUUCAUGAAGAGAGGUGAAAAGCCGGAAGGGUAUAGACAAAUGAGGCCUAAGACCUUUCCUGCCAGUAACUACACUGGCAGUAGCAGGCAAAUGUUGCAAGAAAUACGGGAGUCUCUUAGGAAUUUACCUAAACCAUCAGAUGCUGCAAAGGCCGAGCACAGUAUGAGCAAAAUGACAACUGAAGAUCCUCGACAAGGCCGAAAUCCACCCAAAUUUGUGACAUAUCAUAAAGCUUUGCAAGAAAUACGAAACUCUCUACUCCCAUUUGCAAAUGAAGCCAGUUCAUCUACCAGGAGUGCAUCAGAAGUUAAUCGACAAAUGCUACAAGAUAUGCAAAUUAGUGGACUUGAUGAGGAUGUGGUUAUACGAGCACUUCGGCAAACUAAUAAUAAAAGUAUAGAAGCAGCAAUUGAAUUCAUUAGUAAAAUGAGUUACCAGGAUACUCGAAGAGAACAGAUGGCUUCAGCCGCUGCUAGACCUGUUAAUGCAGGCCCCAAACCACCAGGGAAUGUACAGCAAUCAAUUAACCGAAAACAAAGCUGGAAAGGUUCUAAAGAAUCUUUGGUCCCUCAAAGACAUGGCCCACCACUGGGAGAAAGUGUAGUUUUUCGCUCUGAAAGUCCCAACUCUCAGACAGAUGUGGGAAGACCUUUAUCAGGAUCUGGUAUAGCAGCAUUUUCUCAAGGUCAUCCUGGAAAUGGACAGAGAGUGAACCCACCACCACCUCCACAAGUAAGGAGUAUUACCCCUCCUCCACCACCUCCAAGGGGCCAGACUCCCCCUCCAAAAGGUACACCACCCUCAUCAUGGGAAACAAAUUCUCAAACAAAACGUUAUUCUGGGAACAUGGACUAUAUGAUUUCUCGUAUUUCUCCCGUGCCACCUGGGACAUGGCAGGAUAGCUACCCUCCACCACCUCUAAACACUUCCCCAUUGAAUCCUUCUAGUCAGGGACAAAGAGGCAUUAAUUCUGUCCCUGUUGGCAGGCAACCAAUCAUCAUGCAAAGUUCUAACAACAAAUUUAACUUUCCGCCAGGAAGACCUGGAAUUCAGAAUGGCAGUGGUCAGAAUGAUUUUAUGAUGCAUCAGAAUGUUGUCCCUGGUGGCUCUGUGAAUCGUCAGCCCCCCCCUCCAUAUCCUUUAUCUCCAACCAAUGGGCAGAGUCCUUGUACGUUACAAAUGCAAACUGGGGGACCUGCUACUUCCUCACCAUACACAAAUGGAAACAUUCCUUCAUCUGUGAUGGUGCCAAAUAGAAAUAGUCACAAUAUGGAACUUUAUAACAUAACUGUACCUGGAUUACAAACAUCCUGGCCUCAGUCAUCAUCUGCCCCACCCCAGUCAUCACCUGGUAGUGGACAUGAGAUCCCUGCAUGGCAGCCUAACAUUCCAGUGAGAUCAAAUUCUUUCAAUAACCCAUUAGGAAAUAGACCAAGUCACUCUUCUAAUUCUCAGCCUUCGGCUACAACAGUAACUGCUAUUACACCAGCCCCUAUUCAGCAGCCAGUGAAAAGCAUGCGUGUCUUAAAACCAGAACUCCAGACUGCUUUAGCACCUACCCAUCCUUCUUGGAUUCCACAACCAAUUCAAACCACACAGUCAAUUCCCUUUUCUGAGGGACCAUCCUCAACUAUGGCAGUUAUGCCACCUGUUGCUGAGGCUCCAAAUUAUCAAGGUCCUCCACCACCAUAUCCAAAACAUUUGCUACACCAGAAUUCAUCUGUUCCUACCUAUGAAUCAGUACCCAAACCUAGCAAAGAGGAUCAACCUUGUUCACCAAAGGAAGAUGAGGGGGAAAAGAAUUUUGAAAAUAUUGAUAGUGGCGAUAAAGAAAAGAAACAGAUUACAACUUCACCCGUCCCUGUUAGGAAAAACAAGAGAGAUGAAGAGAGAAGGGAAUCUCGUAUUCAGAGUUACUCUCCUCAGGCAUUUAAAUUCUUCAUGGAGCAGCAUGUGGAAAACAUACUCAAGUCUCAUCACCAACGUCUUCAUCGUAAGAAACAACUAGAGAAUGAAAUGAUGCGGGUUGGGUUAUCCCAAGAUGCCCAGGAUCAAAUGAGAAAGAUGCUUUGCCAGAAGGAAUCUAAUUACAUCCGCCUUAAAAGGGCUAAAAUGGACAAGUCCAUGUUUGUGAAGAUAAAAACACUAGGAAUAGGUGCAUUUGGUGAAGUUUGUCUAGCAAGAAAAGUGGAUACUAAUGCUUUAUACGCAACAAAAACUCUGCGAAAGAAAGAUGUGCUGCUUCGAAAUCAAGUCGCUCAUGUCAAAGCUGAGCGAGAUAUCCUUGCAGAGGCUGACAACGAAUGGGUAGUUCGCCUAUACUAUUCAUUCCAAGAUAAGGAUAAUUUAUACUUUGUAAUGGACUACAUUCCUGGAGGUGAUAUGAUGAGCCUGCUAAUUAGAAUGGGUAUCUUUCCAGAAAAUUUAGCAAGGUUCUACAUAGCAGAACUUACCUGUGCUGUUGAAAGUGUUCAUAAAAUGGGCUUUAUUCAUAGGGAUAUAAAACCUGAUAACAUUUUGAUUGAUCGUGAUGGUCAUAUUAAACUGACUGACUUUGGCCUCUGUACAGGCUUUCGAUGGACCCAUGAUUCUAAAUACUAUCAGAGUGGUGAUCAUCCACGUCAGGAUAGCAUGGAUUUCAGUAAUGAAUGGGGUGACCCGGCCAGUUGUCGAUGUGGCGACAGACUGAAACCUCUAGAGAGAAGAGCAGCCCGCCAGCACCAGCGGUGUCUGGCACAUUCGCUGGUUGGGACUCCCAAUUAUAUCGCUCCAGAAGUGUUGUUACGAACAGGCUAUACACAGUUGUGUGAUUGGUGGAGUGUUGGUGUAAUUCUUUUUGAAAUGUUGGUGGGGCAGCCUCCCUUCCUGGCACAGACACCAUUAGAAACACAAAUGAAGGUUAUCAACUGGCAAACAGCUCUUCACAUUCCCCAACAAGCUAAACUGAGUCCAGAAGCCUCUGACUUAAUAAUUAAACUUUGUCGAGGACCAGAAGACCGCUUAGGGAAGAAUGGUGCUGAUGAAAUAAAAGCUCAUCCAUUUUUUAAAGCAAUUGAUUUCUCUAGUGAUCUGAGACAGCAGUCUGCUUCAUACAUUCCUAAAAUCACACACCCAACAGAUACAUCAAAUUUUGACCCCGUUGAUCCAGAUAAAUUAUGGAGUGAGGAUAAUGAUGAAGGAAAUAUAAAUGAUACUCUUAAUGGGUGGUAUAAGAAUGGAAAGCAUCCUGAGCAUGCUUUCUACGAAUUUACUUUUCGAAGGUUUUUUGAUGAUAAUGGCUAUCCAUAUAAUUAUCCCAAGCCUAUUGAAUAUGAGUACAAUAAUUUACAAGACUCAGAGCAACAGUUAAAUGAAGAUGAUCAACACACAGGGACAGGGGUCAAAAAUGGUGAUUUAGUUUAUGUUUAGCACACUGGAAGGUAAUUGAACUACAUUUCUAUGGCAGUUAUUUUGCAAAAAGACCUCAACUGUAUUAUGAGGUUUCAAGAGAAAAAUUAUGCAAACGUGACAGAGCUAUUUAUUUUUGCUCUGUGUACAUUAUUUUAUUUCCCCAAAUUAUAGGGAAUUUAUUUCAACUAUUAAUUUAUUCCAGCAUUGUUAAUCAAUAAUUUAGGAAAAAAUGUUCUAAGGAAAAUUAAAUUAUGAACUGAAUUUUGUGAUCAGUUCUUGGUACUUUAAGUACUUAAAAUAAGGAAAUAGUGAUUUGUUUAAAAGGAGAUGCCUGUUAUGUAUUUGUACAUAUACUAAGCAAUUUUAAAAUUAAAAAAAAAACUUUUGGAAUUUUGGAAAGACAGUUUAACCUUGCUUUUAACCAAAUAUGAAAUAUAUUCCACAUUUACAGUUCUUUUCAUAACCUUGGUUUUGAUACAAAGCUAGGUGUUGCUGGCUCUUUGCUACAAGAUAAGCUAGAAAAAUUAAGCCAUCUGGUCAGUGUAUGUUCCGAGGGCUGAUGAUAAUCUGAAUAAUUCACAUCCUGGAACUAGGAAAUACAGGGUUGCAACAAUGUCAUUGUUUAUCAGAUGGGGGUUAAAGUAAUAGUUAAAGUUGGGUUUUUUUGUAACUAGUCCAUGUAAUAGUAUAUUCAAGAUAUUUUUAAAGCUUAGAAACUUUAGAAAGCUAUAGCACUACCAGUUUUUCUCUUCAUAUUACUAUAUGUUUUUAUAUAUUUCCACAUUUAAAAGGAAACGCUGCCAUACAAAAGACCUUUUAAACUAAUAGUUUUGUUAUCAUUUGUUCAUGUUGUAUUUCUUUUGUAGUUUUGAGCAAAAUUUUGAAUUUAUUUUCAAGUUUCUGUGUUUUCUUAGAAACUACUAUCUUGAAUAUCCUGUUCAGUAAACAUUUACCAAGUGCCUAUUAUGUACAGAGCACUGAGAGAAAUACAAAGUUUAGAUGAGACUGUCCCUCUUCACCACAGAGCUUACAGUCUUAAUAGGGGGAUAAAAGACAUAAUAACUAUAAUAUAUAAUAAGUGCAUUUGAAGUACAAAAUGGUGUACAGUAUAUAAUGUCCAAAGGGAAAGGUCACUACUGACAGGAAUAAAAGAAGGCUUCAUGGAGGAGAUAGCAUUUAUGUUGGGCUUUAAAGGCAGAAAAGCCAGGAAAUCCUCCUUUAUAUAUAUUAACAGCAAAUUAUUUUAUUUAGGAAAUUUCAGGAGUUUCAUAAGGUUUAUUUGUCAAACUAGAACUCAUUCAGGAUAGUACUGCAUUAGAGAAACAUGAUCUUUAAAAGAAAAAUGUAUUUUACUAUAAUAAUUCUUUAAGACCUAACUUAACUUUGGUGAAAGGAUAUGAAUGUUUGUAGUUCUUUGGGGUAGGAUGGGGAGUUAAUUGCUAAGAAAUUAUUUUAUACUUUGUGUAAAAUGAAUUCCCACUAACUUAUUUAAUUUUCAUUAAUAUAUAACUUAUUUCAGCAUCCUUAUUGUGUGUACUGGUUAGGUUUCAAGGAAAAUCUGGUGGUUGAUUCUGCCCAAAAUACAUUUAGCUUAGUUCUGGAGGUAAGGGGCAGAUGGGAGAGCAGGGUGUCAGUUAAAGUUGCCAUUUUAAUUUACCUUUCUUAAGCACCAAUAAAGUAGAAUCAUGUUAUAUUAAAGCUUAAUUUAAAAUUUAAUUCAUAUGCAUAAAUAUGAAGAAGCUCAAAAUUCCCUUUGUGAUAAAACAACACAGUAAAACUUAUUUUAAGUUGUUUCACUAAGAUUUAGCUUAAGACAUUUCUAUUAUUGUAUGAUAGUAAAGGUCUGUAAGAAACAUUCUGCUGUCCCCAUACUUGCCUCUCUGCUGAUCUAAGUUUGAAACUCUCAUCACUUUGUUUUGUUGAGAUUUGAUAUAGGGAGAGGUUGCCUGAAAAAUGCUUUAAUUGUAUUUUGUAGCCUAUUGAUAGUAUUCUUUCUAAGGCACAUUUGCUCAGAGAGGUGUAUGAAAAUUAAUUUUAAUGGGAUAACAUUGUUCAUUUAAUGGGACAGUUAUUUCCAUAAAACUAUGCAAAAAAAAAUUAGCUGGUCAAAGAUUUUCCAGUUCAACUCUUGCUUCUUCAUAUAAGUAAAUCUCUACAAUUUUUAAUCUACAGUCUGGGUUGUUUAGUUCUCUUUACAGUUUUUUUUGUUUCUAGAUCUCUGGUGCAAUAAAGGGUAGAACUAGCUUUGUUCAUUUCUCACAAAAACAGAUAUUUACCUCUCUUCUUACCUUUGCUCCUCCCCACCAGUCCCCACUUCCUCGAAAAGAAAGAAAAUAUUUAUAAUGCUUAUAACUUCCCAAUUUUGGGAAUUGUGCAACCCUUGUUUUCUAGGAAUACCCUCUCACAGCAGUAUACAUACCAUUUAUGGGUCAUCGACAGUUUCUAGACUUUUAUUGUCUACAAUUCUAAUAACUUAUACAUACAGAUUAACUUUAUUCUUAAGUCUUAUGCCAAAUUCAGUUCAUAUUGAUUCAUUGUAGACACUGGCACAUCUAGGGGGGUGGGGGGAAGGGUACAAAGAUGUUCACAAAUAGCAACUGAGACUAUUAAAAUUUUUUCCAUUUGUUAGAAGAAAAGAACUUACUGUCUUUCUUUAACUUGCCCAUUUAUUCAUAUAAAUUGUAUUUAUAAAAUGUGUUCUAUAAUCACGUAAUUGUAAAUAUUAUUGUUAUGUAUUGUUCAAUGACAUUCUUUCCAAGGCAGGCCCUCUUGCUGUAUCUUUUCUACCUUCAUAUUUGUAAUAGAAACUAGAGAAUGUAUGACUAGAAAGUCACUUUGAGACUGACUUUAAAAACGAAUUACCUUCUACUGUUGCAAAGUGCAAAACUUUGAGUGGAAAUGGUUUCUUCUGAUUUCAAUAAUAAUGUUUAAAAUGUUAGAAAAUGCAGUGGACAGAUUCAUAGACAAUGCUGCUGUUGUUAUCCCAAGGUACCAUUAAACACUCUUCCUCCUUCCUCCCUUUCUUUCUUCCCUCUUAUCCCUCCUUUCCUCCUUCCUUUCUGAGAAAAAAAAAUAUGUCUUUGAUGUUUAAAGUAAAACAUUUAAGUUUGUUUGCUUUAAUUCAUCCAAAGCAAAGAAUAAUUUGGGUCAACAUUAGUUUAAUAUUUGUGAAGCGCCUUAAAGAAAUUCCUGUGUGGAAGGCACUAUACCAGUUUACUUUUAUAUUGUAUUGUGUAUAUAUGUAUUUUGUAUUAAAAAUGUUCUUCUUAUAACACUACAGUUUUAUAAAAUUAUACUUUGUUAGAAGGAAUUGCAGCCUUGCGAUACCGAAUUCUUUGAAUAUUUCUGAAUGUAAUAGUUACCGGUAAUCAGUGACAUUUUUUGACUGUUUUAUGAAUCUCUUUGUAUUUUCUCAAUCAUUUUCUCUAGUGUAACAUCUACUGGGGUAAUAAAAAAAAAACAAAUAUAAACAUCUUUUCCUCUGUAA